GGCGCCCAUUGGCCGCCGGCCGCCCCGCCCCGGCCGCGCUUCCUCCUCCCGCUCCUCCUCCUCCCCGGCUCCCGCCCUCCUGCUCCCCCUCUCUCCCUUCCGCUCCCCGUGCCGCCCCGCCCAGCCCAGGGCGAAGCGCCGCCCGCCGCUCCUCCCAGGACAGACAGGGCCGCCUGGGUUUCCCUGUUGAGCAGGCAUCGUGUGGGGAAAAAUCAACACGCUGGAUGUUAAAUCGGACUUUUCUCCUUUCUGGGAUGAAAGGAUGUUAUCUAUCCCGUGCCAAGAGGGAGCUGAGGUGCAGGGGGAGGGGAAGAAAGUCUUCCAAACUAGCCCGCCACGAGCAAUGAACAUAUGGCUGUUACUAUCAGCACUGGUGUAUUUGCGGCGAUGCCUAUCAACAUCCACCAGAGAGCAGGGCAGCUCCAAAACCCACAUCUUUUAUGCUGUGGAAAUUGAUGGAGACAGCAACACAGCCAGCUUCUUGGCCAAACAACAUGGAAUGCAGUUCAUUUCAAAGGUGAAGUGGGUGAAUAUCAGACAGCUCAUUAUAGAGACAUGCAUGCUGCAUUCCCAAAGUAGGAUGACAGAACAAGUCAUGGAUGACCUGAAGCAAGAUUAUUCUUAUCGGACAUGUUUUGGGCAAGGAGCUGUUUUCCUCAGUAUUUUACAAGCUCUGGUGCCAGUGAGGUGGUACAUGGACUCUCAGUGGAUAAGAGUCAUGGAUGUUAAAGGAGACAUUAACCAGGCUGUUGUGAAAGAUCUGAUACCAGCUUUGGUCAAUGGGGACAAGUGUCAUCCUGAGAGUGCUCCUCUCUGGGACAGGAAACCGACGGAGCGAAGCCCUGAGAACAUGCCGCGACACUUCAUAUUCAAUCUGCACACCUAUAAAGAGAUGAAAAAUGAGCCUUGUCCAAAGCUCUUACUUCAGCACCCAGUGGCAAAAAUAAAAUGUGAGCUUGGGACCAGGUCUCUUUGAAGCUGAUUUUUUCUAUUUUUUUUUAAACA